CAAACUCUCUCUCUCUCUCCUCUCGAACAUACCAAACCCAAUCCACACACAAAAGAGAUAAAAACGAAAGCUCACAACUCCAUUUCCUUAUCCCCCCCCAAACCCAUUGAAAAAUGCCUCUUGCACCCUCUCUCUUGCAGUUCCCUCCCUUACAGUCCCUCAAGCUCUCCACUCCAUUCCUCCAUGGAUCCACUUCUCUCUCCCUCCUCUCCAAACCCACUUCCUCUCUCACCCCACCAACCCUACAAUCCCAUACCUUCCUCCCUCCCAUCAGAGCCAUGAGAUCACUUCAGGGUAAAGUCGUUUGUGCCACCAACGACAAGACCGUGGCUGUUGAAGUGGUUCGCCUAGCGCCUCACCCCAAGUACAAGAGGCGAGUCAGGAAGAAGAAGAAGUACCAGGCUCACGACCCAGAUAACCAGUUCAAGGUUGGUGAUUUGGUGCAAUUGGAGAAAAGCAGACCCAUUAGCAAGACCAAGACUUUUCUAGCUGUGCCGCUACUGAGUAGGAAUUCGAAGAAGAAAGCUGCUGAAGAAGAUGUGCCAAAGGAGCUUGGGAUUCCGUUGGAGUCUCAGCAGCAACUGCAGGCUUAGAGUGAGGUCUCUAUUGUUCAUUUUGUGAUUUCAAAACACUUUUGUGCCUACCUUUAUGUGAUGCUGUUCGAAAUUAUUGUCACUUGAUGGGUAUCUUCGUGUUUGCUUCAAAUCUAUGUAAUUUGAUGUUGUUCGGUAACGGGUUCGAUUUAUAUUGGCCUGACUCUGCUUCAA